UAAUAGAAAAGAAGAGAAGAAAAGUAAAGAGAUACAAUAGAAGUUUUUGUAUAAAAGUCUUUAGAAAACAUCCUAGUAUACUACUUACUUUGCAAAAAAGUGUAUUCAAUCAUGAAUAGGUUCUUUUGGUCUGUUACACAAUGUACAAUUUUAUUAGUUAUCAUAUGUAAUUUGAAUACAAUGAAAGCUGUUCCAACAAAUAAUGGUACACAUGCAGCACCUACUACUGCCAAAGCUGUAGGACAUACGACCUCCAAACCUUCACCUGCAAAAGCUGCAGCACCUAAUACUACUAAAUCUCCAGCACCUACUACUGCCAAAGCUGUAGGACAUACGACCUCCAAACCUUCACCUUCUAAACCUACAGGAAGUUCUACCUCCAAACCUUCACCUGCCAAAGCUGUAGGACAUACGACCUCCAAACCUUCACCUGCAAAAGCUGCAGCACCUAAUACUGUUAAACCCGCAGCACCCACUACUAAGAAACCACAUGAUGAACGUGCUGUGAUGGCUGCGGCGGCUGCCCCUAUCGUACUUGGAGUUAUUGGGGAAGUGAUUGGUUUUAUACUUCAAUACAUAGCUAGCUAAGCCUCAGGCUUUUCUCAAUACCUAAAUUACUGAGUAUUGCUUCUCAAAAGGAGAGUAUUAUUACAAAAGUUAACUGAAAUAUAAAAAUUACCAUUGAAAGUAAAAAAACAUGUUUAACUUUCUCAUCUAAUAACUAACGUUUUGUUUGUUGUUAAAUAAAUUUAUUCUGACUGUUUAUUUGUUAUAACUUGUGACCUGAGUGCCCAGUUAAUGUAUAACGUGAUGAUUCCCGCCAAUUAGAGAGCAAUGAUUUAUCGGAGCAGUAACAGACAAUACCCGUACGAGCAGUCUACAGUCCUUAUCGGUCCUGCUUUUCACCUAGCCCAUCCAGUUAUUUCCAAAACAUCAAUAACAGCCUCUCUAGUAUGAUUCAUUUAUUUCAAGCAUACUGGGUUUAUAUACCAAACAGACAGACCAUAUUUUACCAUAAAAUAGAAAAUAACAUU